GUGCACAUCAUCGGGCACAUCCCCCCAGGCCAUUGCCUGCGGAGCUGGAGCUGGAAUUACUACCGCAUCGUGAGCAGGUUCGAGGGCACCAUCACAGGGCAGUUCUUUGGCCACACGCACGUGGAUGAGUUCGAGAUGUUCUACGACGAGGAGACACUGACCCGGCCCGUCUCCAUCGCCUUCAUAGCCCCGAGUGUCACCACCUACAUCAACCUCAACCCCGGCUACCGCGUAUACGUGGUGGAUGGCUCCUACCCCGGCAGCUCCCACGCAGUGCUGGACCAUGAGACCUUCAUCCUGAACCUGACCGAGGCCAAUGCACCAGGGGCCGCGCCACGCUGGCAGCGCCUAUACCGCGCGAGAGAGACCUAUGGGCUGCCCAGUGCCUUCCCAGCCGACUGGGACCGGCUGCUCCGGCGCUUCCAGGAUGACGAGCGGCUCUUCCAGCGCUUCUG